AUGGUUAUCAUUCCCUUCAAACUUUGCUUUUGUGACCAGAUGAAGGCGUGCGUGGCGGCGCUGUGUGGAGUGCUGGCAGCGGUAGUGGCCGCCCAGGCGCAAGGUGCCGAAGACGUGGGUCAUCCCUCGCCAGCAGAGACGGAGGAGAGACUGGAGGUGGACAGGAGGCAGGAGAGACUCUUCGCUAUAUACACCACCACCUCCGUCAAGCGCCUCGCCACCACCACCAUCACCGCCCUCUCCACCUGCCUCAGUACCACCGCUUCGCCGGCGUGUCAGGGCCGCAAGAAGAGGACAGUCUUUAAAAAUCUGCUGCUGUUGGAGAACGACCGAAAAGACCCGUUCGGGGAGUUGGCGGGAAGUCAGCUCGAGCCGGGCGAGGUGGAAGAACGAGUCAAGAGGGAGGUGGUGAACAGGGACGGCAAGAAGCUGACCAUCUGGUCCACCUACCUCAGCACCCUCACCCUCACCUCCACCUCCUACCUCACCGGCACCACCGUCACCGUCACCGCCAUGUGUGCGGCCCCGGGCAUCACCCAGGGAUGCUUCGGCAAGUAGAGAGAGAGAGAGACAGGACCUCCUCCUGCCUGACGCCGCCACACGACCACUCGCUACGUCGACCAUAGACAUGAACUAAUCCUUCGUUAUUUAUCGCAUUUAUUGCAGCUAUGUAUUCUGGAUUCUCUUCCUCAUGUAUUAUAAGAAAAUUAGGU